CAGCUGAAGUUGUUUACACACACACACACACAGUCGUUUGUGCUGUUGACGUGGAGCUCACCUUAGCUACCAGGAAGUGAUUGGCACACACACCAAAAGGAGGACAUUGAAACACGGUUACACACUUCAGAGAGGUUCAGUUCUGAGCAGCCUGUGAUGUUGAAAUGAAGUUUGAUGAGAAAAUUGUCAACUAUUUUGAAUCUUGCAACUCACCUGUGGACAAAGAAGGGUACCUGUACAAGAAGGGUGAGAUAAAGACUUCCUAUCAGAAGCGCUGGUGCGUGCUGAAGGGAAACCUCCUCUUCUACAAGGACCGGCCUGCUGACCGGGACCUGGCGGGAGUGAUUGUUCUGGAGGGCUGCACCGUCCAGCUGUGCGAGUCCGAGGAGCAGUUCGCCUUCUCGCUGGUGUGGAGCGAGCCGGGACUGCGAACGUACAAGUUUGCCGCCGAGGACCAGGCCAGCCAGGAGAGCUGGAUCAAAGCCCUGCUGUCGGCCAACCACAGCUACCUGGCCCUGCUAGUGAUGGACCUGGAGAAGAAGUACAGAGAUGCAUUAGAUGAGUUCUCCAGUGAACCAGCCAACGCUUUCAACACAGCAGAAGCGGGAUAUCUUUCACCGCUCUCUUCGUAUCCAGCACCAGGUGUCGGAGCAGGACCCGGUCUGAGCUUCAAUCCUAUGCUUCAAGCUCCGACCAUUUCAUCCAAAUCAGCAAGUAAAAGAUCACCCAAACUCUGGCCCAAGAGGAAUGCAAAUGUGCUGCCUAUCAACACGCCUGCUCCGCCUUUGGGGGAGUGGUCAGGGUUCUCUUUAGGCACCAAGGAGGAAUUUAGUAAAUUGCAUGAACAUUUUGGAAAAGAGGUGAAGGAACUGAUUGCUGAUUGGUCAAAGAGGGGACGAGGUGAUGAAGUUCAGGAAGAAAACUUAAUAGAUUUUGGAUAAUAAAUGUGGAAUAUACACAAUGUCUGAACCUUAAUUUCAGUAACUGUGGUUGCAUUUCAAAGUUAUUAGGUAAAAUACAAUUAUUGUUAAGAUAUAUUUGUAAAUAUUUUGUUGUUCAAGAGCAAACUUUCUUUUUUACUUAUUACACCAUAGAGUCAAUAAAUGAUCUAUGAUCCUGCUUUAUUGAUCUUUGUUCCUUAUUUUAGUGAAGUGAUUUCUUCAUGUGAAGUUUUGAAAACAGAUAAUAGAUAAUAGUUUUUAAAGAUGCAAACAUCAACUGCAAAUGUCUCUAUCUAAUUGAUCUGUAUCUACCUAGUCCAUCUAGUCUACCAAGAUUCUAAUCAGUCGGGCUGAUUAUCGUUAAAAUAAGGGAUAAUACGACAAGUCUUACGUUCCAUGAUUGAAGAAAUUUAUUUUUUAUUUUUUAAUUAAUGAAAUAGUUACAUGAAAUGUAAUGGUGUAACACUGGCGCCUUAAUUUAGAACUGCAAACAAAGACCUGUGUCAUAUUUACCAGAAAUGAAUCCACACCUGUUGUUUACCUUAAUACUAGUGCUGAUUUGUUUACAAUCUACAGCAUCUACAACACUUGUAUAUAGACAUUAUAUGUUGUUGUUUUUUUAAUAUAGAUGCUUAUAUAUAUACCUAUUUUUCACCUACUUGUAUGUACAUCUUUGUUCAGCUUUGUUGUCCUUGUUUUUAGCUGUAUGUCUAUUUCUUUCUGUGUCUAAGUACAUUGAGAGCAACUUAAAACCAGAGUCAUAUUCCUUGUCUGUUUACACUUACUUGGCCAAUAAAGCUGAUUCUGAUUUGA